GCACGCUGGGUGCUGGCAACUGGGGUCACACGCCUUGGUUCCUUUCUCACUUAGUUUUAAACCCUCCCUCUGCGGCUAGUGGCGGGCGUGGUGAGAGCGCAGAAGGGACUUCCCCGAGGGCCGGGCACCUCUGCCUGGACACUUGUCAUGGCCACUGCACCGGAGGUCCACACUGCCGCGUGGACUCCAGCGAUGGCGCUGCGCUAGGCUAGCGGGUGCCAGGAUCCCUCUCUGCGUCCUGUGCGCGGGAAGAGCUCUGGUGAGUGGAGGCACUUGGGCGAGCGCAGAGGAACCCGGAGAACCAGAGUUGCAUUCUGGAGUUGAAGACUCAUGGCACAGACUGUUAGAGAAUGCUCAUUGGCACUUCUUUUUUUGUUCAUGUGGCUGCUGAUUAAAGCAAAUAUAGAUGUGUGCAAGCUUGGCACUGUGACCGUCCAGCCUGCCCCUGUGAUUCCUCUUGGGUCAGCUGCCAAUAUUUCCUGCUCCUUGAAUCCCAAGCAAGGCUGUUCACAUUAUCCCAGUUCUAACGAAUUAAUCCUCUUAAAGUUUGUCAAUGAUGUCCUUGUUGAAAAUCUCCAUGGCAAGAAAGUCCAUGACCACACUGGUCACUCCUCCACUUUUCAAGUCACCAACCUGUCCCUUGGUAUGACCUUGUUUGUCUGCAAGCUAAACUGUAGCAACUCUCAAAAGAAGCCACCAGUCCCAGUAUGUGGGGUGGAGAUCUCAGUUGGUGUUGCUCCAGAGCCACCUCAAAACAUAUCAUGUGUCCAGGAAGGAGAAAAUGGAACUGUGGCCUGUUCCUGGAACUCUGGAAAAGUUACUUAUCUGAAAACCAAUUACACUUUACAGUUAAGUGGACCAAACAAUCUGACCUGUCAGAAACAAUGUUUUUCUGACAAUCGUCAGAAUUGCAAUCGCCUGGAUCUUGGGAUCAAUCUAAGCCCUGAUUUAGCUGAAUCCAGGUUCAUAGUCCGUGUUACUGCCAUCAACGAUCUUGGAAAUUCUUCUUCACUUCCGCAUACGUUCACGUUCUUGGACAUAGUGAUCCCUCUUCCUCCGUGGGACAUCAGAAUCAACUUUCUAAAUGCUUCUGGGAGCAGAGGUACACUGCAGUGGGAAGAUGAGGGGCAAGUGGUACUCAAUCAACUCAGAUAUCAGCCUCUUAACAGCACGUCCUGGAACAUGGUCAAUGCUACAAAUGCCAAAGGAAAAUAUGACCUGCGAGAUCUGAGACCGUUUACAGAAUAUGAAUUUCAAAUCUCCUCUAAGCUACAUCUCUCUGGAGGAAGUUGGAGUAAUUGGAGUGAGUCACUGAGAACACGAACACCAGAGGAAGAGCCUGUUGGGAUAUUAGACAUCUGGUACAUGAAACAAGACAUCGACUAUGACAGACAGCAGAUCUCUCUUUUCUGGAAGAGUCUGAAUCCAUCAGAGGCAAGGGGGAAGAUCCUCCACUAUCAGGUGACGUUACAAGAGGUGACAAAGAAAACAACACUGCAGAAUACUACAAGACACACCUCCUGGACCAGGGUCAUCCCCCGAACUGGGGCUUGGACGGCAUCAGUGUCUGCAGCCAACUCAAAAGGCGCUUCUGCACCCACUCACAUUAACAUAGUGGACCUAUGUGGCACUGGGUUGCUGGCUCCUCACCAGGUCUCUGCAAAGUCGGAGAACAUGGACAACAUUCUAGUGACCUGGCAGCCUCCUAAGAAAGCUGAUUCUGCUGUUCGGGAGUACAUAGUGGAAUGGAGAGCUCUCCAACCAGGGAGCAUCACGAAGUUUCCCCCACACUGGCUGCGGAUCCCCCCGGACAACAUGUCUGCUCUGAUUUCAGAGAACAUAAAGCCCUAUAUCUGUUAUGAAAUCAGGGUGCAUGCACUGUCAGAGAGCCAAGGAGGGUGCAGCUCCAUCCGGGGUGACUCCAAGCACAAAGCACCAGUGAGUGGCCCUCACAUUACUGCCAUCACAGAGAAAAAGGAACGCCUUUUCAUUUCCUGGACCCACAUUCCAUUCCCGGAGCAAAGGGGCUGCAUCCUCCAUUACAGAAUAUACUGGAAAGAACGAGACUCGACAGCACAACCUGAGCUCUGCGAAAUUCAGUACCGACGCUCUCAAAACUCACAUCCAAUAAGCAGCCUACAGCCCAGGGUGACAUAUGUCCUAUGGAUGACAGCUGUGACAGCUGCUGGUGAAAGUCCCCAAGGAAAUGAAAGGGAAUUUUGUCCACAGGGCAAAGCCAACUGGAAAGCAUUCGUGAUAUCAAGCAUUUGCAUCGCUAUCAUCACGGUGGGCACGUUCUCAAUUCGUUACUUCCGGCAAAAGGCAUUUACUCUCCUGUCUACUCUCAAACCUCAAUGGUAUAGCAGAACCAUUCCAGAUCCAGCAAACAGCACUUGGGUAAAGAAGUAUCCCAUUCUGGAGGAGAAGAUCCAGCUACCUACGGAUAAUCUCCUGAUGGCAUGGCCCACUCCUGAAGAGCCUGAGCCCCUGAUCAUCCAUGAAGUCCUCUACCACAUGAUCCCAGUUGUCAGACAACCAUAUUACUUCAAAAGAGGCCAAGGAUUCCAAGGCUACUCUACCUCCAAGCAAGAUGCAAUGUAUAUUGCCAAUCCACAAGCUACAGGAACUCUCACAGCUGAGACCAGACAACUAGUGAACCUAUACAAGGUGCUAGAAAGCAGAGACCCUGACUCAAAACUGGCCAACCUGACCAGCCCCUUGACAGUCACCCCAGUGAACUACCUUCCUAGCCAUGAAGGCUAUUUACCCUCCAACAUAGAAGAUCUGUCACCACAUGAGGCUGACCCAACUGAUUCUUUUGACCUGGAGCAUCAACAUAUUUCUCUUUCCAUUUUUGCAUCAAGUUCUCUCCGCCCACUCAUCUUCGGUGGUGAGCGGCUGACUCUAGAUCGGUUAAAGAUGGGCUAUGACUCCCUCAUGAGUAAUGAGGCUUGAUACUAGAAAGCCAACGUACCUCAUUUUAUCUGCCCAGUUCCUACUCCAAAGGUCUGUGACAGUGAAGACAAGCCAGCUGUCUCUGGAUAAAAUUAGCUUCACCAUAGGUACUUAAGUCUUAUGGAUAAGGUGGCAAUACACCAACACUGAUAUCAUAUAGAAAGGACCCCAAGAUAGUCAUGCUCAUCGUCCUCCUCUCUCCCUCCCUCUCUCUCUCUCUCUCUCUCUCUCUCUCUCUCUCUCUCUCUCUCUCACACACACACACACACACACACACACACACACAGUUUCAACAUCUGUCAAUCUCUAUCGGUUUGAUGGAAAAUUGCCUCUGUGCUUAUUCCAUUUAACUAAUUAUAUCAUGUGCUGCCUUCAACACCACUUAUCUCUGGUCUACAAGAACCCAUACCUUGCUGAUGUUUCUUCCUAACUAUGGCCUGACUUAGCAUGCUCUCCUAUCAUACCACUGAUUACGUCCAGUGCCACUUGAAAGGUUCAAGACAGUUUUUUUUUUCUUUAAAAUAUCAACCCUCAUCAUCUCCAACCCAUCCUCUCCAUUAACACUACUUUUCUGUUUGAUGUUUUCAUUUAACAAAGUAUCUAUUGCAAAUCUGUACUUCUUUUUCUAACAUAACAAAUUAGCAACAUGCCCAUAUAACCCAGUCCUAUAAACUUGUCUUUGUUUACCAAACUUUCUAUGCACCUCUAGAAAUUGAAGCUAUCAGUUUGCACAUAAGCAUUCUUAGUCGACUGCCAUUACAAGGCUACCUUUUCUUGGGCCAAUUCACCAGCAAUGUCAUGAAUUGAUGUACUCUUGAUGGAUUUUCUCUUCCCUCAAAGCUCUACCUAUUUAAUUCUCAGCUCAUUAAACUCAUUUAAAGACCUAUAUAAGGCCUCUUCCAUACUCUCUCAUAAGAUUCUCUUAUCCCUUGGUAUUAUACUACAACCAACUUGGCAAGGGCUUCCCAGUACAGUGCCUGGCCACAUCACCUGUCACCUGUUCGGCUGUAAUGCUUCCUAACCUCUACUCUAGCAUAACCUUUAUAAGAACCACCGAGACAUUAACACGUUGGGAGUGGGGGGGGGGGGAGAAAAUACUUUUAAUGUACAUUAAGAAUUUGCCUGAUAGAUGUCUCAAUGAAUGUCAGAGGUCUGUGUAACUUUUCCUUACCAUCCCAAGUAAUUUCUGAUGACUUCUUGCAAAACAUCUUCCCUUGAUCCCCAGAUAAAACUCCAAACAAAGUUCCAAGUCUUUCAUUCCUUGGUAUUUUUCAACUCUAAAAUACAUUCCACCAACAACUUACAUCUACCUUUUAAUUAAUAAAAUUCCACAAUUCUCUGGAAGCUAAACACCAGUGUAUAGCACACCAAAGGGAAUUCAUGGGAACCUCCCUGACUUUUUAUUAGUAUGAAGAAGGGAGGAUCCAGAGCAUAGUUAGGCAAGCACUUCACUGAGCUUUGUCCAGACUUCAAAUUUAGGUGGAUACUCAAAACUGCUUUGAAAAUGUCCCUUUUCCACAGGCAGAUUCUUUUCUAGUUCUAUCUGCAGGCAAGUGGAGUGUUAAACUCCAUCUCCCAUGCAUUCUCCCCUUAGUCCUAAACCCACCACCACUUUUUAGUUACAACCACAGGCCGCCCAUGUCCUGGAACAAGGAGGAAAAGAAAUGCCUGUGCUUCUUUCUCACUAGGAUCUGUUUGUAGGAGUCACCUGAAAGUUAUCUACCAUUCUGAUAUCAAAGAUGAAGCCCUCCAAAGAUUUUACUUUCCAUCUACCCUACAGGACUCAUGUUCACUUUGUGCUUCUUAUGAAAUGUUUUACUUGAGAAAGUAGAACUUCUACAACAAAACAUUUUCAUUUAAGAGUUCAGAAAAGACCUUCCUUCUUUCCUACAAUAGAAAAGCAAUUCAGACUAAAACUAAAACUGCUCGGUGAUAUAGCACAUAAAAACACAUAGCCUACCACAUACAAGAACUUGGGUUGGACUCCCCAGAAGCAGAGAACAAGGUGGCAUUUGCAAUUUGAGUAAUGGAAAGAAUCAAGUUGAAAUAUAUAGCUUAUACCAAAAUAAUAAAAACUGUAAAACACAGAAAAUAGGUUCCUUAACUGGGCUCUCAUACAAAUAAAAAUAACUAAGUCUGCACUUCAAUGACACAAAGUAUAUGCAUCCAUUAAGUGUGGUCGACUGUAAAGAAAUGAAAACCAAAUACUAUUUAAAUAUUUUUAUCAGCUAGCAAAGAUUACAAAGCAUGGUAGCCAGUAUUAAUUAGAGAAACUAAAAUUAAUUAGUAGAUGGAUUCUGAAGGGCAGCUAGACAAAUAUUCAAUAAAAUUAUAACCACCAAUUCAAUUCUCAACAGAUAACAGCUUAAUAUCCUAAGAACAUGUGAUUUCCCAGCAGUAAGUCAGAAUGGUGGCCCUCUGAAGACAAAUACUAUCUGUACAAUGAAAAUCCUAACUAGAGUUCAAGGAACUGGACUGCAUUAUCUUGACUUCUAAAGCAAAAAAACUAAACUGUACUGUGCCACGUUUCUGUAAUAUUCUUUAGUGAUGGUAAGGAUAAAACCCAUGCUAGAGCUAGACUUAGCCUUUCACAUUUUGAUACCUAACUUAAUAAAUAGCUGAGUGGUUUAGAGCAAUUGCUCUUGCAACAUAUAGUUUCUACUCCCAACAUGCUGUUUAACUCCAGUUCCACAUCUGGUACCCAAUUCUGGCCUCCAUGGUCAUGGCAUGCAAGCAGUGCACAUACUUAAACAAGUUUUACACUGGCUCAAAACUUACUGUUAAAUCUAGGGGCCAGGCUAUGCAAUCCAAUGCCUCUGCCUUCUACAUUUAAGUGAGAGGACCAUACAAGUCCAUUGGACCUGUAUGAGCUGGUGAAAAGAUUAAUGGUACCAACUUCUGCAUGUUUGCUUUUUAUUGGUAUGAUAAAACAUCAUGACCAAAAGCAAGAUGGAGCACAAAGGAUUUAUUUCAUUUACAUACUCCAAUCACAGACCAUCAUCAAAAGAAGCCAGGGCAAAGAAUCAGAGACCACAGAGGAACAGUUAACUGGCCUGCUCUCUCAUCUUCCACAAACAGCCAACCCAUUGGGCUUUGAAGCAACAGGAAAUAUUCCCCAUCUGGAACCAAGUUGUGUCCUAGUUUGCUUUCUCUGGCUGUGAUAAGACUUUGACCAAAUGCAGCCCUGACAGCACAGUUAUUUAUACAUUCUAAUCACUGAAAGAAAUCAGAAAAAAGAACUUGAAAGCAGGAACUGAAGCAAAAGACCAUGCUGUUCUGUGGUUUGUUUACCUUGCUUUUUAGAAGAAAUAAAUUCAAACCCCUGGGAGUGGCACCUCUGCAAGUUGGGCCUUCUCACAUCAAUCAUAAACCAAGAAAUUAUCACAACAGAAAUGGGUACAGGCCAAUCUAAUAUAAGCAAUUCCCCAAUUAUGCUCCCUUCCCAGACAAGUGUGCUAAAUUCACGAAAGACCUACAUUUCACUGAUAUAUCUUUCAAUGUGCAGAGAUCUGGUUUUAAGAUAGGAUGAUGCUAUUUAACAAGACUUCAGAUUAUAACCCUUAAAUUCAACCUCAAGUACCACCAAGCCUAGCAGUGCCUGUUAAACACUAUGUGAGAAUAAACUUUCACCUCGUAAUUCUACCCAAAUUAAUGUCUUAAUUUUGUGCCAUGAAUAAGUAAUUGAAAGUUCUAUCUUCAUUAUACAGUAUACUUAGUGGGUAUGUUUUCAGAAAAAGGGUAGAGUGAUUCUCAUUAACUUCUCAAAAACCUUGAAACUCAAGAAUAUUUUCACUAGUUUAAAAACACUAUAAAAAGUCUAGUGCAGUGGCUCCUACUUUUAAUCCCAGCACUCAUGAGCUAGAGGCUAGCCUAGUUGUGGUCUAUAUAACAAAAGUUCUCAGCCAGUAAGAAACAUACUGGAACUCUAUUUUUAAUAACUAUCUCCAAAACUAAAUAUAAGGAACAAAACCCCUGGUCAUUAUUUACUUAAAUACCAGACUUAAUCAACCCUUUCACUAAGGCCUAUCACUAUUAAUAGAAAGUUAAUCUAGAUUCUUUAUGAGAUACAUGGAGGCUAGGCUUAUCACUACUAAUAAAAAAUUUAAUCUAGAUUUUUUUUAAAAUAUAGUGACCAAGUCUCACUUUCUUUUGAAAGUGUGAGGCACAUACAUUCUUACCUAGCUGCUAAGAAUAUGGAUUCACCAUUCCAUCCCCCAUGCGGACACACAGGUCUCCCACACAACAAAAGUUUUCUAACUUUAUGUUAGAUGUUAGCACCCAAGUAAACCAUGAAUACAUAAGGAAUAUACUUAAAAGGUAUAUAAAAUCAAGUUGAAACUACCAGAAAUUCUGGAAUUCAGGAAAAAUAUGGGAAAAAAGCUGCCAGACAUGGUAAUGCCCCAUCUAUAACCCUCUCGGAAAACCAAAGCUGUAGACAUCCAGUUUGAAACCAGCUUGCAAUACUGACCAUGGAGACAUAUACUUGUUUAUGUAGCAACAGGAGAGACCAUACAUCAUCUUGAACAUAUUUAUGGAACUCAUUACUAAAUUACUGAAUUACUAAGAGCUCCAUCUCUUCAACACAAAACAACAAAACUACCUCCCUUAGUACUCACUCCUUUAGUACUCACUCCUUUAGUACUCACUGGCUAGACGCACACUUAAUCCCUAACACUACUCUAGUCAAAUUAACCUGGACCACUUUAAUUUCCGUGUAUGAAAAUAAAAUUAAUACUCAACAUUAGCACUAAGUUUUAGAAAUGACAACUGCAAACACAAGCCAAGUAAUGCAGUGCAAAAUAAUUUAAGCUAAAAUAUCUUGUUUAAUAUUAGCAAAUUCAGGGGCUGGAAUUAUAAUCCCAGUUCUAAGUAAUCAUUGUCCUCUUCCUAACUUAAUGGGAUAAUCUGUAUUGUAACAUGAUCAAAGACAAAGAAAGACAGUAACACACACUAAAAUUUUAAAAAAUAAAACUACUAGAUACUGUCUCUUACUUUUUUGACUAUGGAUAAAUGGCUACCUGAAAGACAUCUCACUUUAAAGUGACAGGACUGCUUUAAGAGUAGCAGGAUUUAAUGCAUAUAGAGGUAAAUAAAUCUUUAUUUUAAAGGAGCUCUUAAAUCAGGACAUAGCUAGCAAAACCUACUUACACUUCAGCAGCUACUUAUCCCAAGAAAACCCAACAAUUCAAGUGGAAGAAUGUCUGAUGACAGAACAUGUGUCCAGGACACACAAAUCCCUAGCAUUUCAAAUCAGCCAAAAAAAAAAAAAAAAA